UUUAUUUUAUUUGCAAAGAUUUUGAGAUAUUUUUAUUUUAUUAUUAGAUUAAAUCAAAUUGUGUUAAGUGACCGUUUGAGGACUUUUGAUAUAUUUCUAGAAAACUAGUGGGUUUUUGUCGUUUUUGAGAAGUAAUGACAGCUUAAAUUGACAUUUUCAUCCCCAUAGAGUGUCAUGGAAGAAACAGAAAUCCAUAAAUUUGCAGUUCUUAAAUUCAUUACAGUUUAAAUUCUACUGACUGAUUUCCUUUUCUACUCUCUUUGUCUCUCUCUGAAAUACUUCAGUAUCUCUCUGACUCCAGCCAUGCUUUCCUUUUCAACUCCACCCCUCCUCUACCUGAGUCUCCUGCUCUUUCUGUCACACCACUCCCCUGUUCUCGGCUGUCAGACUGGGACCAGCAGCCAGUGUCAGGCUGCUCCCUUCGUACCAGGCUACAACCUGGUAGGGGAGGGAUUUGAUGUGGUCACCCUGCAGCGUAAAGGAGCCUAUGUGGUUGACGUGAAGACUUUCCUCGCCCCAGAUGGCACCUGUACUCUCUGUGCCAACCCUCUUCAAGGCGACAGCCUGCAGAAACUGCCAAUGUCUGCAGUGGACUGGCGUGCAUUCAGCAGAUGCAGUACUCAUGUCUACAGCAGUUACCACACCUCCGUCAGCUCACUGGUCAAAACAGUCACCUAUCAGGACAGUUACGACUGGAAGUUGGGACUGGAUUUCAAGAAGUUUGUCAACCUGGAGGUGGGGGGAACACGUUCUGCUGUGUAUGACUUUGCUACAGCCAGGAGCCAAGAGGACCGCUUCACCUUCAGCACACAUCGUGCCACCUGUAGACAUUAUAGUUACCGUGUGUCGAACACACCGCCCCUCAGUAAAGAGUUCCUCAAGGAUUUGAAGGGACUGCCCAGUUACUACAACCCCUUCACCAAGGGCCUGUACAGACAAUUCAUAGAUACCUAUGGCACACAUUUUAUCCGCCAGGUUUAUCUUGGGGGGCGAUUCAGGCGAGUCACAGCUGCACGUACCUGUUUGUCCUCACUGAAUGGACUCUCCUCAGACCAGGUGCACAAGUGCUUAUCACUGGGUGUCAAAGUAGGCCUGGGGAAAUACAAACUGAAUGCAAAUUAUAACUCUUGCAACAAAGUCCUACGGAACCAGGACGUGUCCACAUCUUACAGCUCUGGUCUCCACCAACACUACACUGAGGUGGUAGGAGGAAGGGGUUGGGUGGGUGACUUUUCUCUCACCCAUAACGACUCCCUGGGCUACCAAAAGUGGCUGAAAAGCCUCAAGGAUCACCCUGACGUUGUUCGGUAUUCUCUAAGACCACUUUACCAGCUGGUGACAUACGGGUCAAAAAGGACAGGACUGAAGGCUGCCACAGAACAGUACUUAAGAGAAAACGCCAUCAAGAAGUCGGUCAAACAGACGCAGUGUGGCAGCAACUGCUGUCCUAAACAGGCCUGGAGAGGAACACUGGUGGUGACUGUUGUCAAAGCCUGGGGUCUGAAAGGAGAUCGAUUUGGCAAGACUGACGCGUAUGCUCAGCUGUGGUUCAGUUCCAGCUACCGCAGGACUCAUGUGGUCAAGUCAAACAGCCCUUACUGGAAUGUUCAGUAUAAUCUGGGCAAGGUGGACACACACUUGGGUCUGAAGGUCGAGGCCUGGGACAGGGACGUGAGCAGGGAUGAUCGUCUUGGAUCAUGUGUGAAGUACCUGAGGCAGGGGACUCACACACAUGUGUGCCCCACUAAAAAAGGUGCCUUCCAAUUCAAGUACACUCUGACCUGCGACCAUCACCUCACUGGAGACAAGUGCAACCAGUACAAACCAUCUCCAUAGUGAGAGAGACAUUUAGGGUGUGCUGCUCACUUUUCUUUCAUCAGGAUAUGUUGAUUACUUUCAUUGAACACAAUUCAAGGGUUUUUUGGAGACAUUCGCUAUCAGCAUUGUGUUUGGCAGUGGGGUUAAAUAGAGGUAAAUUUGCAUUAUGAAACUGAAGUUUUUGACACAAAAAAAGACCUGAUUGUGACCAAAAUAGGCAGUUUUGUGCCUGUUUUUACCAACAUUAAUUAUGAAAUAAUUGAGAUUUAGUUGUUGAUUAAAUC